CGCGGGGCGGAGCGGCAGGCGCUGGGCGGGCGCACCGGGUGGGCCGAGCCCGAGCGGCGGGCACGGGGCGGCGGCGCCGGCGGGAGGGCGACAUGCAGCGGGACGGCGGCCAGGCUGCGGUGCCCGUAGAAUUCCUUCUCCCACCUCCAAAUGGGACAGGCAGCCUACUACCCGGGAGCUCCAUGAUCCAGACCUGCUGCCGGGACCUGGUGUCUCUGCCCACGCGGCACACUGUGCUGGCCGAACCGGGGGACCCAAAGGAGCAGGACUCAGAGGAGCCAAAGAAAAGGAAAGGCGGCUGGCCUAAAGGCAAGAAAAGGAAGCCUCCGAGGGAUCUUCCUGUUCCCCGUGCUCCUAGGACAGGGUACGUGAUAUUCCUAAGUGAGCAGAGGAGCCCGCUGCGGGCCAGGCACCCAGAGCUGCCUUUCACGGAAAUCACGAAGAUGCUGGCUAUGCAGUGGGCUCAGCUGCCCCAAGAGGAAAAGCAAAGGUACGUUUGUGAGGCCGAUGAGGACAAGCAGCGCUACAUCCGAGAGCUGCAGGCCUACCAAAGCUCCAAGGCUUACCGAGCCUUCCUGCGGAGGCGGGCCGCACACAAGGUGCAGGCGCUGUGCGGAACAGGUACCCCAGGAUGUGAAUUUGAGAGCGAGGGCCUUGACUUCUCAGCAAUUGAUGGGGAUGAGAACGAUGACCUGUACUGUCGGACCUGCCGGCAGUUCUUCAGUUCCCUGCACAACAAGAAGGAGCACCUGCUGGGGAAGCAGCACCUGCAGAACCUCACAGGAGAAUUUGAAAAAGAUUCUGCCCAGUGCUUGAAGCGUCUGGAGCCUCUGGAGGGAGAGGAAGGUCAGAGUUUGAACAAAGGGGACUCAGAGGAGGAAGCUGAGUGCUGUGACCUGCUUCCACUCAGAGGCCUGAUUCGGGAGACGAGCUUUGCUUCACUUGACUUGUGUUUCUUGCAAGAGUGCAUCUUGAAACUUCUGAAAAUCAAAGAAUUUGAGCUCAGAGAGCUGAGGAAGACUCUAGAAAGAGCUCAAGCAGAGCAGGAGGCCCUGCAGAGGCAGCUGCUGGAGUUCCAGAACCGGCAGCAGAGGCUGGAGGUGGAGCUGGCCGGCCUGAAGACCUACGGGGUCAUCCUGGAGAAGGAGUUUGAGAACCUGAACAUGGUCCUGAUGCUGUCCCACUUUGGCCUGCGAGUAAUGGACAUGGCAUAAAGCAGUACCCACCCCUGCACCGACGGGACCCCAGGACGCAUUCUGGGCACGUGGAAGUCGGCUUCCAAAGAUGCAUUUCCCUCAGUGGAGGAAGAGUGGAAGAUUCUGGGACCCUGCAGAUGGGACAGCCAGGGUGGCUCUCCUGACCCAGGAAAAAAUAAAUCGU